AUGACGUCGCCUGCACCGGCAGGGUCCUCCUUCCGCCCUCCCUCGCCCCCUUCUCCCUCCAUGUGCGAGGCCCCAGAGGCGAUGGCGAAGCGCGAGGAGGACUACGUGUACCUCCCCCUGGUGGACGCCAGGAAGGCUGUCAACAUGAAGGUCAACCUCUUUGCGGCCGUCGUGGAGAUCGGCGGCGCCACCCGCAGCAAGGGAACUGGUAGGCUAUUUUAGAUUGUUUCUGUCACUAGUUUUUAUGGAGUCAUUAUGUGGUUUUCGGUGUGGCUGAUUGGAGGCAGUGUGGGAUGCACGCGGGUGAUGUUGGCCGUACAUGUUUAACGGUAGGGGACCGGAAAAUUUCCGACUGUUAUAGUUAGUUUGUAUGUACAUUUGCGGGGAAAGUCGUUUUUUUUCAUCAACUUCGCGUUUUGUUUUUCACAUGUGCUUUGAGGCGCGUAUUGAUUUUUAUCAAAUGUGUCUCCGACUCUAUAUGUCGAACUCUUUUCUUUUAAACGGCUUAAAAUGUGAGGCAUCGUUAUCAGCUGGAAAGUUCAAUUGCUCAUUUUCUGACCUCGGUAGCGCUGAAAUCACGCAAGUGGAGACACUGUCCAUUUAGUAUCGGUUGAUCGUUCACUGUUUUCUUAAGUGUUAUUGGGAAGUACCUAUUUUUCUUCUCUCUGGUAACCAAGCAUUUUGAUGAGUAAAAGUUCUCAAAACUGUGAAGCCAGCUCCUUAUUGUCUUAAACUCAUUUCUUGUAUUGCUGUUAAUUUCCUUGCCUUGUUAUAUCUCUGUUUUUGUGAGGAGUCCGCGCCUUGGGCAGGAUCUUUCUGGCUCUCUUGGAUUCCUAUGGUUCUGAAAUAUCAAGUUUCUGCAGAAUUUGGAACGGAGAGCUAUCCUCCUUUCUACGGUCCAACUCCUUUGUUUUACGAAUCCUGGUUUUAAGAAUGAGUGAUUGCCCUUCUCCGAAAUCUCAUGCCCAAGUGGAAAGUGGUUAAGUAAUGUGUUCCAUUUAUUGAUUAGGGUUUGUUGGUGCUCUAUGACCCGAAGGAUGUUAGUAGUUGAAGAUUCCAUCUUUUUAACUCAUUUCGCUUCAAGUGUUGAACAUAUUUGGGAGAACCUAAUUUAUACACUUCCCCGGGGAUCCCUGAUGAGGGAACUUAGGAGAGCGUCGGACUCCAACUAUGCUCCAUGGACGACCACUGGUUUUGGGACAGUUGUAAACAUUAGAACAAUUGUAAACAUUAGACAGUUGUAAACAUUAGAACAAUUGUAAACAUUAGAACAAGCCACUUUUGGAAGAGAAAAUGUCGGUGUUAUUUCUUCCCUGGAUGGAUGUCCUGGUUGGUGGCAGGGUGGUGCCUAACAUCAUAAGGUAUUCCUGAGGCAGCUGGGUCAUCCAAACAGAUUCAACGGCGUCUUACGUUAUCAAGUGUUUCUCUUUCUAUUGGUCAUUUGUCUAUGUUAUUAAUCUGAAAUCCUUGUACAUUGCUUGAUAGAAAAAUGUUUCCCAAUCAUGUUCAUGGUAUCGUUUCUUCAUUUGAAACUGUAAUGUUGUAUUACCUAUGCUUAAAGGAGUGGUGAUGUCUCAUUUUACUACAUGGGAUGCUGAUAUAUUUUUAUUUCUAUUUCUUUGCAUUUUAAAUUCUUUUUAUUAGUUUGUUGAUCAUAUCUGUUGAAAGAAUUUAUUUUCAGUAUAUUUUUCAUUUCUGACUAGGGUGAAAUCAGCAUUUCCACAUAUAUGAAUGGAGAUUCGCAACGUUGACUAGAGGAGUUCUUUUUUAAUAUAUUGACUUAGAGUUCAGGUCUUGAAUACUCUUUCUUUGCCUCCUUUCCCUCAUUUGUUGAAGAAUCCUCACCUGGAGAGAAGUAUUCAUUGCUUUUCCCCUAUGCUUGCAUGAGCUGUUCUAAAAUUUGGCAAACGACUCAUUGGCAAUGAAGAAAAAAAGGCCGGUCUUACAGCUGCUCCGGACAUAUAUCUUGGCUGGUGGCAGGAUGAUGCCAAAUGCUAAAGGUAUCCCUGAGCCAAUUGAGUCAUCUAAACAGAGAAAAUGUAUCUGGCAAUGCCUAGCACAGUGAGUAAAUCUUCGAGCACUGGUAGAGUGUGAUUUUUUUUUUCAGUGAUAAAAAGAGAAACUUCCUUAGAAUGAAGUUAUUCUCUGGAUGCCUAUCGUUUAAGCUUACAUGGUUGGUGGGUCGUGCCAACUUGCAUCAGUUAGGCAUUUGCUAGACAUUUGCUUUGCCACCAAAUUUCUUUCUCGCUAAGUGUUAUUGAAUCUCUUUGUAGAAUUUGGAUCAAAUGUGACUUGGCUUGGGGUUCAUUGAGUGACAUCAAUGGAAAAAGUAGGUUUUUUAUUUCUAUACAAGAACUUCAUUCAUCUUGCCAGACUUAUGUUAUAACACUUUGUGAAACUCAGUUGAGGAACAUACUAUGGCCCUUUUUAGCAAAUGUAUGAGUAAAAGUGUUAGAUCAUUUGACACCCAAUUCACGUACUUAUCUAUUUUUUAAUCACUUCAUAAUCUUUCCACACAGUGAUUAAGAACUGAUUUGAACUACUACUGUUCUACAGGAGACUGUGCAUUUAGAGCUGCUUAGCUUGUAAUGGAGGCUUGUUUGCAUAUUGUCUAUUUCCUUAGCUGUAUUGCCUUUUCAUGUUAUUUUCUUUUCUUAGGUUUAAUGGAGAUUUAUUUCAUUUUUAUGAUAGUGUUGUUUAUUUAUAAAUCUGAGGUUAUUUUGCAGAUUAUUUUCUCAAAUUAAGGAUUGCAGAUCAGUCAUACACGCCUCCUGGUCUUUCAGUUAACUUUUUUUCUGAAAGUGAAACAAAAUUGCCACAUGUAAUGUCAUCAGGGGACAUAAUUUGUCUCCACCGAGUCGUGGUAAGCUUGCUUGGAAAGUGUACGUUAUUUUUCUCAAGUUAGAUUAUCUCGACAUCCUUUGAAUUCGAUUUAUUUUUUAACUGCAGCUUCGUAGGUUUUCCACGAAUUUGUUUAUUAUGGUUCACAGUUUUUUGGUUCUUCUCUCAUUCUCUUUGUUUCUUAUUUGAAGUUUUCUUAUAAAAGAUGUAUACUAGUUACUCGCGCAAUCCUGAUACUAAAUAGGUCUACUUGUGAUUCUGAUCUGGAUGGGACUUGUUCACUUCUAUUAGCUGUCAUAAGAAAACAUUAUUAUAGUCAAGUCUGAUCAAAUGGCCCAAAUGCCGGGUGGCCUUCUUUUUCGUCUCGAAUGACCUAAUGAAUAACUAAGUUUGUAUGUUACAGGUAUAAAUUAUUGUGAAGUAUGGUCCAGCUGCUUGUUGAUGUGAUUUUGGGGCAUAUAAGAAGAAAAAUCCUUUUUUUGUUUAAGAAGAUUUUGGUACGUUCUUUUGUUGAGUCACAGAAAAUAAUUUCUCUACGUCACUGAUUUGUCGUGGUGAUGGGCGAUUUUACAUUUCGUCCCAUUUUUUCAGUUACACAUUCUUUCUUAUAGUUUUCCAAUUACUUUAUGAUCAAGUAAUAUGAAAACUUUGCUAAGGUAGUGAAAAUUUCACGUAGUGAGAACUUUGUUAUAUCUAUGAUGUCUGAAAAGACGGAGUGAGAAUUCAGCUAAAAUUUCACGAAAUUAAUCAAAGUUGGAAGUGAAAUAUAAUGGUCUCUGAUGUGCUUCUGCUAAGGUGCAAACGACAAUAACAAAAGUAGAUUGUGAGUUUAUGGAUUUGUCUGAAAUUGUGGGAUAAUUUGGGUUUUUUUUGGUGAAAAUUGUGUUGUAGUUAUUAAACACAUGCUAAAAUCCUUGGGUAUCUUUGAUGGGUUGUAAAUGCUCGCAUGUUCUGUUUUCCAGAUAAAAAUUUAUGACGCGGAGGUGUAUUGUGCUUUCCACAAGAAGUUCUCUUCGUUUGCCCUUUUUGAGGGAAAAGGUGGUUCAAGCUUCAUCCCUUAUCAAGCUUCUCACAACUUCCACGCCAUGAGGCAUGAUGCAGACUUUAUUAAGAAGCUUCGGACAUGGUUGCUUGAUUAUCAACCUGAUUUGGGUAACUUUUUCUCUGACGGUUUCGUUUAUUUUGUGCUUUAAUGCUACGAACUGGAGUAUUAAAUCUGGACAUUGCAUCACUUCUAUUUCAUUUGAAAUGUGGAACUUUUGGAACUGGCUAGAGUUUUCUAGUAUCAUUUUGUGUAUCCUACUGAAAUUGUCACAUUGAUUGAGAGCUACGUUAAUCUUUUGUUUACUGAAAGCAUGGGAAGACAUAAUGACCGAGGAAAAAAUGGUGAAGCUGUGUGAUGGACAGCAACUAUAGAACCUAUCAGGGAAAAAAAUUAAACUUUUCUUUCCAUGAAAAAAAAUUAGCAGGACAAUCAAGCUUUUCAUUCCCGAAAAAAAUUGCCACAAGAAGAGCCCAUAUUGAUGCAGUUCAAAUUGUGAUACGAUUUAUAUACGCAUUACUGGGUGGCAGUUUGCGGGUUGUAAUUUUUGUUCUCCACUUUCAGUUCCUUGUGGAACUCUAAUGAUAUCCAUACUUUUUGUUUCUGCUCACGUGCUUAUACGAUCAUUUUAAACCUUGAUUUAUUUUUCAAAGUGUAAUUCUUGUCUGCUGGCAGGGGCCAAAAACUAUUCUUUGCAACUCAAGGAGAUAAAAGUUGGUCUGGAAUUUGACUUGAUAUGCAAAGUAUGUUUCAAUUUAUCUGUAAUUUAUCUCUCUUCACCUAAAAUGUUUGCCAGCAGUUUGACAGUUAACUUUUCUUUCCCGAACAUUAUAUCUGGACAUUUUCUCAGAGAAAAAAAACUCGAAUCUAAUCCCCGAGUGGGACAUUGUUUAAUAUAAUGUCUUCUGCUGGGUUUUGUUGAAGGUCCUUCAUGUGUGUGAAAUUGGUGAGGAUUCAUGGAUGCUUUUUGUAUGGGAUGGAACUGAUUGCCCUCCUAUGGCAAUUCAGACAGAGUUAAGUAUCUUUUUAGUUCAAAUGUUACAUUUUUGAUUUAUAAUUGAACCGAUUUGUAUUGAUAUCUUUUCUUGAUUGUUUGCUGGCUGUGUGCAUGAUGCCAUUCAGAUGCUUUAGGUGAUUUGGCCAUUACUGCUUGUUGAUCGGUUUAUUAAUAAAAAAAUUCUUCGGUGACAACUUUCUUACCAUUCGAUCUUGUCAUAUCUGAUCUGCGAACUCAUCUGUAAUUUGAAGGCUAACCUGAUUAUGCUUGGCCUUUUGAAAAAUAUCUCUAAUUUUUUAGUAGCAUUCUAAACUAACUCUGUUUUAUAAUAGAAAAGGAUGUCUAAUUUCUGAUGCACCACAGCCUAGACUCCGAAGUAGAACAGCCCACCCCCUUACAGCUGGAGUCCUCAUCACUGCCUGUAGAUGUGCUGCGGUUAUUUCCUCAUGUGGGUAGUGUGCUGAGAAUAACAGCGGGGAAGUCUUUCAAGGAGGUCCGGCAGUUGGUUUUCGGCAGCCAUUGGUUUAAAUUUCGCAAGAUAACCUGCGCGAACCAGUCAGGAGUAUGGAAGGGCAUGCUGCAGAGCUUGAGCAAAGUCUCCCUUCUGUCUGAUGAGGAUGAAUCUGUGCUACUUCGGGAAAGGUAUUUCUUUUGUUCAUACAUGGACAUUCAACAUAAGAGCAUCUCAUUCAAGAAAAACAACCUAGGAGGACAAUCAAAACUUAUUAGCCCAUAUGCUCAUUUUUUAUUUUCUCAAUUUUUUAUUGUCAUUUAUUUAUAUAAACGACCUAUUGCAAUCAAUCUGUGCCCUUUCAAAAUAGGAACUACAAUGAACGGAUCACGUCUGAUCUGCUGCGUCGACCUAUGUCUUGCUUUCCGCGGCCUUCUUGUGUCACAGGUAACUAGUCUGGGGGUGAUUGGACAUUUCUUCCUUUUCAAUUUUGUGUCAUAGUGAUGGCUCAUCAGUGAUUAUUACCUAAUAUGGGUUCGAUCGGGCUUAGCUAAAAGGGAAAUUGUGUGGGUUUCAUAUUUGAAUGAAAUUAUUUCUGGUGGAGUUCGUUCCAUCUUUUUGCCAAAAAAAGAAACAGUGAGGCUUCUGAUCUAGGUUUGGCCGGCCCUGCAUUCCCCCUUCCCCAUUAGGAAUCAAGGGUGGGCGAUGGAGAAAUCAGUGGGAAAAACAGAGAAAGAAUCAGCCUUCCCGCUUGGAAUUGACAGAAACCCAUGAACAGGAAAAUAUAGAAUAUAUAGACAGAUAAAUCUGUCUUUUUUUUACUAGUUUAUAUAUAUAUAUAUAUUUCGAUAUUAAUCAGAUUUCUAUAACGGUCAAAAAAUUGACCGUUCUCCUUUGUUUUCUCUCUCUAUCACAUCAGAUCAGAAAACUUGCUUUCGAUAAUUCUGCUCGUCGCUGCUGACACAUCUGCCUAUCUUUUCGAUCUUCUUUGGCAUUCUAGAGACGGAUUACUCUCAUCUGGUGGAUGCAACUCUUAUGGAUUCUCUCACACAUCCAGAGGUUUCUCUUUCUUUCGUCCACCCUCCAUAUAUAUAGCAUUGAAACUCCUGGGCACCACACGCUUUCAUAAUUUGGCAUGGCAUGAUUUGUUCUUGAUUCCAAGGUUGAGCACAUCACUCUGCUGCUGCUGCUGCUUUAGGUGACGCACAAGUGUAAGUGUGUGGUGCGCGUUGUGGCCGCCUGCCCUUGGCGGGCUGAGAACUUGCUCUCCUCGAGCCGAGGACAGUACAGGCUCAGACUGACCCUGGAGGACCCGACGGCGAGGAUCCACGCCUACAUCUGUGAAGAAGAUGGGGUCAGUGAACUCAUCUCAUCUCCCAAUAAAAUCACUCAUUUUCUGGUCACGAUCCUUCUUUAGAAACCCACCCAUUUAUAGCCGAAUCAUCGCCUUUUAUGGGUUGUAAUGUUUAUUUUUCUGAUCAUCAUUCUCUAUGAACAGCUAGCUAUGACUUUAUUCGAAUAGAUGCAAUAUUUGUUGCCAUAUGAUCGUCAGAAGGCCCUUAGGAUCAUCAAAUUACUACCCAGAAAAGCAAUUAUCCGAAUUUAUUGAAAUGCUGUUGAUCUUCAUGACUGGAGUUCUUGCGUUCAAUCCGGAAGGGUUUUUUUUUUUUUUUUUUGCCCAUUUCUCAUCAUCAUCAUGGUCAUCAGUCACUUUCGACAAUUAUCCAAAAUUUCAGCCGAAUUGAUUGUUAGUGCCCUUCUGAUCAUCAGAUUACUACCCAUUAAAGCAAUUAUCCGAAGCUUCAGGCGAAUUAAUUAUGAUCAUCGAAAAUAACAAUUAUCCGAAUUUUCAGUUGAAUUAACUGUUAUUGCGUGCCUUAUUAUGAUCAUCGAAUUGUUUCCCAUAAAAGCAAUUAUCCGAAUUAAUUGCUAGUUGAAUCAGUUGCUUGUGAGUGCCCCUGUGAUCCUCGUCGACUGUGGUUCACACAAACAGGUGAAGUUCUUCGGGGACGAUCCCUCGAUCGAGGAUCUGGAGAGGAAGAUGAGCAGGCUCCUUGGGAUAUCCAGAGAAGUCGGCUCCGCAGAUCUUGGACAAGGUCAACCCGCCACCCCGCGGGACCCACCGUGGGUGAGUGUGUGCUUGAAAUCCUACUGCCUUGACUUUGACCGGCCCUGGGAGAGCAGGAAAUACAGGAUCUUCGGCACGAGGCUGCUGGACUGA